AUGGUCUAUGCUUUAGUGGUUACCGUGCGACGAUUGAUCCCUUAUUUUCAAGCGCAUCUUGUGGAAGUGCUUACCGACCAGCCGUUGGCCAGUGUGUUAAGGAAUCCAACAUCCUCUGGACGAAUGGUAAAAUGGGCGAUAGAGUUAACACAAUAUGGCUUGGAAUACAAACCGCGUCCCUCGAUAAAAGCUCAAGCCUUGGCAGAUUUCAUAGUGGAAUGUUCAGCCAAGGUGUCUGCGGGCGAUCGAUCCUUAAUCAAUGACCAGACUGAUUGGUGGAUAUUGAACGCAGAUGGAGCAGCCAGUUCAAAGCACUGUGGAGGAGGAGUUAUGUUGACAUCCCCAGAAGGUUUCCAGGUAUAUUAUGCCUUAAUAUACAAGUUCAAGGCUUCUAAUAAUGAGGCCGAAUAUGAAGCCGUGAUUGGGGGUGUGCGACUGGCAAUUGCUUUAGGUGCUCGAAAAGUUCGGAUUCGCACGGAUUCCAGGCUAGUAGUUGGACAAAUUAAAGGAACUUUCGAGGCCAAAGGAGAAAACAUGAGGUUGUACAAAGAUGUUGUCGAAGGGCUGCUCACCAAAUUGGAAACUUAUGAAAUCCAUCAUGUGCCGCGGUUGGAGAAUCAGGAGGCCGACAUCCUAUCCAAGUUAUCCUUGGGAGGGAUACCUGACCACCUGAAGCGAAUAUGCAAGACAGAGAUAGUUGAUAUGCCAAGUACGGAAACUUUGGUAAUCGCCGUAGUGUUCCCCCUAGAGGUGCGGACCCCGGAUGAUUGGAUUGAAGAGUUAGUUAAGUAUAUUACUCAAGCUGAACUCCCUAAUGAUCCCAAAAAAGCAGCUAAGAUAAAAAGAAGAGCACCAACAUAUGUGAUAUUAGAUGGACAACUGUACAAAAAGUCUUUUGGCGGACCGCUGCUUAAGUGUCUACUGCCCCAACAAGCUCAGGAAGUGAUGGAAGAAGUUCAUCAAGGGGUUUGUGCUGCUCACCAAGGAGCUAACACUCUGACCAGGAAGUUGAUCAUUCAGGGAUACUACUGGCCUAGUAUGGUUCAAGACUGUAUCCAAAAAGUUUUACGCUGUGAGGUAUGUCAAAAGUUCACACAGAAGAAAACUCGAACGGCUACUUUUUACACCCCUAUCACCACUGCAAUUCCCUUUGCUCGAUGGGGGGUGGACCUUUUCGGACCAUUACCUAUGGCCCCUGGUCGACACAAGCUCUGCAUCGUGGCUAUAGAUUAUUUCACCAAAUGGAUCGAAGCUGAACCACUGGUCACCAUCACUGAGUACCAAUGUAGAAGGUUCUUAUGGAGAAAGGUCAUCUAUCGCUUUGGUUUUCCAGAACAUCUGGUUACUGAUAAUGGUCGGCAAUUUGACAAUCNCGUGAAGAAAACAAGGUGCAAUACCCUGUAUAUUAUGUGGGAAAACUAUUGA